AUGCUCCCAAAACGAGUCACCACAUACGGCAGGGCAAACCGCUCCAGGCAGGGUAGACCCCCGGUGGCCCGCAUGUCGUUCAAUCCAGAGAACUCCCCGGCAGCCCUUCCUGAGGGGGGCAUGGAGGAUGCGGGUGUUGACGAGGGACUGAGGGCGGUCACGGACGAUGUGGCGCCUCCGUCCAAUACCCCUGCCGCCACAAUGCCCAACAACACGCCAAAAAGAGCCAGAAGAUCACAGGGCCGACCCGCAACAGCAGGCCCCGACCCGGACUCUGAAACCCCGGCUUCAAUGGCUAUGCCGACGUCAAUGACGGGGGUUGCGCAGGGUCUUGUGCCAUUCGAGGACGAGUCUGAGCUAUCGGAUCUGUCCGACUCGCCGAUCAAGCGACCCUUGCCAGAGCCAAAGACCGAACGCAAGGCAAAAUCAAGACAGUCAUUGGCCAAGAGACGUUCAGGAGAAAGCAGCAGUGAGGAAGGGGAAAGCGAUGAGAGCUUCGGAAAGGCGAAGCGUGCGCCGGCAAAAGGGAAAGCCCGAGGUACACGGACAGCGAAGGCAACCCCAACAAAGGGUAGACGUGCUCGAGCAGCUGCCCUCGUUGAGGAUCCCGACAGCGAAGACGAGUCUGGAUCGCAUGAGGGGCAGAAAGAUGAAAGGUCACCGGAGAAGGGCAGGAAACGCCAGAGCUUAGCUGCCAAGCGUAAAGCCACCACCAAAGAUGUGAACGGGAGCGCCAAAAAGCCAACCAAGCGCACCAAAUUGGGGGCAUCAAGUCCCUCUCUAUGUGACGACGACGCCAGAAUGUCCUCUCCUUCUCAACCGAAAUCGCAACACAGGAAGGCGGCUCCGAGGGGCUCCCAGGCAUCUGUCACAAAAGGGAAAGGGAGGAAGGCUGACAAGGAUGAGGCUCCACCUUUGUUUGACUUCUUGAAUAGUUUUCAAGAUGCGCCGGAUGAUCAGAAUCACGACGUAUUGAUGCGUAUGUUCGAGGACUCGGGUGACGAGAUGAAGGAACAGCAAGGCGGUGGAGAAUUUUCCGAUGAUGAAGACGUCCCCGCAUUCAGGCCCACCACAAGACCGGACGCGCUCUUUGAUACCUGUUUUGUGUUUGCUAAAUAUCCCAAGACGGCCGGGAGUUGGUACAUUGGCGAAUUCUUGGAGUUUCGCCCCGCCAAGAAUGAGGCUGACCAACGGGCCGGAAAGGAUUAUUGCGUAGUCAGAGAUUUCAAUGGCGAGGUUCACGAAAAGAUAAAGUUGGAGGAUAUCGUCACCAGAAAAGACGAACGGAUCGCUACGAUCAAACUUGGGAAUUACGAUUUCACGGAUAGUGGUGAUCAAAAGUUCACUUCUGAUGCCGACUUUCGCCCGCCGUCUCCUCCCCCCCAAGAUCCUUCACCGGACGCCGGCCCCAGCCACCCCACACCGAUCUCAACACAACAAGCGCUUUCCCCCGACGACUACAGCGAUCUUCCCAGCGCAGAACAACUCUGUCUCAUCCGCCCUCAUCUUCAACUGGUGCUAGAUGAAUCCUACCCACCGGCGCAGUGGCGCAUGGACGCGUUCCAUCGUGGCGGGAACGACAGAGAGUCUCUAAAGGCACAGGGAAAUAGCGGUGACUACUCCGAGGAUGAGAUUGUCGGUGUGCUGCUACCAGAGCUGAAGAGAUGGGCACUGAGGAGGGAGAGGUGGAGGGACGCGGAGCAACGUCCACCAGAGCCCCCCCGACCAUCUGGCUCGGGGCGUUAUGAAGCCCUCUCGCCCUCUGAUCGCGACCUCUUUGUGCAGCUCAUACUCUUGCCCGAAGCCAUCGUCGAGAUCUGCAUACGCUCGCACGCCCCCGGCGUGCUUGCGGAAAAGUUGAGAGAAUCGCAGGAGGCGGAGGUUAAUGGAGCAGAUGAGUCUGACGCUUGCUCGUUGAUAUCGUCCGUCCGAGAUUCGGAUGAUGAGGAUGAGGAGAGAAUGGCCAAUCGGGAUGCGGGAACCCCAAGGGUAGAACUGGGGGCAGGAGCUGAAGUCGUUGAUGAGAGAGACCCUGGCGAACAGUCACAGGAGGUGAGGGAUGAAGAGCCACCUACAGAACCUGAAGCCCAUAGGGAGGGAGAAGAUCAAUCAUCGAACGCGGGUACUGUCAUAGCGAGCACUGCUCCCAUCGCAAAUGCCUCUCUGCGAAGCCCGCCUCAGCUAUCCUCGGUCCUCACUCCUGCCUCGCUCCCCCGGCCUUCUCCCGCCCCCGAUUUGGCGCCCCUCGCAGAGGACCCCAUGCUUCUUUAUAAAGCCGCACGUGAGCACCUGCUAGAUCUCAGCAAAGAGGACACGGCGAAACGUUGGAGUAUGGGCGAGGCAAUAUUGAAAAGGGCAAGAGAGAACGCGAGAGAAAGACUCGGGCUGGCGCCGGAACAUCUAAGCAAGGAGGAGAUGAAGGAGUGGGAGGCGAAGAGGGCGCAACCGUUCGGGAGCCAAAGGCCGAUGAGGAGGGUGAGGAGUGGAAGGUCGAAUCAUCAGUAGACCCAGAAGACGUGCAGCAGCGACGCGGACUCUGCCUGGUAGGAUAGAAGAUGUAUUCCAGCUGGCAUAAGCUGGCAUGAGCCUGAUACAA